AUAAGUGGCAAAGCUGGAAGAAACUAUGCAUGUCAUGUAGUCUAACCUGUCUCAUUUUUUUUUUUUAACAGAUAAAGUCAGACUCAGAGAGGUGAUUAUUUGCCUAAAGUCCCAAAGUAGUAAGCGGGAGAAUGGAGCUUUAAAGGCCUGUUUGACUUGAGAUUUUGACAACUGGGUUGUCAACAUCCUUGGGUACAUGUGCAGGGCUGGAGCUCUGGUGGGGCCCCAAAUGCUCUGGGAGCUUCUUGGGUAGUAGCUGGGCCCACUUUCAGGUUCAUUGAAUCUAAACAAUAUCCCUUUUGUUAAAAAAAAAAAAUUCUUUCCAGAUUCAGGAAAGGUUAAGAAACUAGCCUGCUGCACCUAGAGACUUAGGGAGGGAUAAAAUUGAGGGGAAUGGGAGCGCCUCAGUUUUUAACCACUCGACCCCCUCCUCCCCCUCCUCUAGGGCUUUUGUUUCUGGCAGGGGAAUUGCUCUCCUUCAGUGAGGGUCCCCUUCCUUAGGAUCAGAAAUACAGAGCUGCCUUCCACCAGCCUCCCUCUUCUCAGCUCGCAGUGAACUCAUUCCCACAGAGCCUCCCUGCAGGCGGCGGGCUGGGCUGGGCUGGGCUGGGCAGCCUGCCUACCCGUCUGCCAACCGGGAGGGCACACUCACCACCCUGCUGCCGCUGCUGCUGUUGUCAGUGCCAGUUUGGGGGGAACUCGUGGCUGUCUUUUCACCCCUCUCAGAUGCCAAAGUUGCCAUGAAAUGGUGGCAGCAGCCUGGAGGAGGGAUGGGGGAGUGCAGCUGGACCCUUUGAGGGAGCCAGAGGGGCUUCCUUCCCUUGUUCCUGGCCGUAGGGAUGAAAUCAUGCAGCAGGAAAUCCGGCCCCUUGCGGCAGUGGACAUCAUAGAACAGCUUCACAGACAAUUUGCCAUCCUGUCAGGAGGUCGAGGAAAAGAUGGCGCUCCAAUCAUAACCUUCCCUGAGUUUGCAGGCUUCAGUGAGAUCCCUGAUGAAGAUUUCCUGAAUGUUGUGACUUAUUUGACCAGUAUCCCCAGUCUGGAGGCUGCCAGCAUUGGGUUCAUCAUUGUUAUCGACAGAAGGAGAGACAAAUGGAGCUCCGUGAAGGCAUCCUUGACCCGAAUCGCAGGAGCAUUUCCAGGAAACCUGCAGCUCGUCUUUGUCCUUCGGCCAUCUCGCUUUAUCCAAAGGACCAUCGCUGACAUUGGCAUUAAACUCUAUAGAGAUGACUUUAAAAUGAAGGUACCGAUCAUCAUGUUGAACUCUGUUUCUGAUCUCCACGGCUACAUUGACAAGAGCCAGCUGACGAGGGAGCUGGGGGGGACUCUAGAAUACGGUCACGGACAGUGGAUACAUCAUCGAACGGCCAUAGAAAACUUUGCCCUGACAGUGAAAACCACAGCCCAGAUGUUACAGACCUUCGGGACCGACCUGGCGGAGACAGAGCUACCCAACGAUGUCCAGUGCACAGAGCAGCUUCUCCAGUCCCACACGGAGCAGCACAGCAAACUGAAGGCUGAGCUGAAGUUGGCAGGGAGCCAGGGGGGAACAUUACUGUCAUGCAUCCGAGAACCAGCCAGCAAGAACCCCACCAGCAAGCUCAACCCUGAUGAACUGGAGAACGUCCUGACUGUCGAAAGGUUACUAGCUCAGCUGGAUGAGACAGAAAAGGCCUUUGACCAGUUCUGGACCAAGCAUUACCUGAAGCUAAACCAAUGCCUGCAGCUCCGGCACUUUGAGCAUAAUUUCCGAGAGGUUAAACUGGCCCUGGAUAGCCUCAUGUGUGUACAGGCAAGAUUCACAGUCAUUGGGAACAGUGUGGCACGUAUGGAACAGCUGCUGAAGGAGCGGAAGCAUCUGGAGGAGAAAGGCCAGGAGCCACUGGAGAAGGCCCAGUCCCUGGCAGUGACCGGUGACCAGCUUAUCCAAAGCAACCACUAUGCAGUGGACUCCAUCCGGCCCAAGUGUGUGGAGCUCCGGCGCAUCUGUGAUGACUUCACCAACGAAGCCAAGAAGAAGUGCGACAUUUUAGGGAAGGCCCUGGAAAUGCAUAAGCAGCUGGAUGCGACCAGUAAGUGGUGUGAAGCCGGCAUCUACCUUCUGGCAUCCCAAGCCCUGGACAAGUGUCAGACACAGGAGGGAGCUGAGACGGCCCUGGGAGACAUCGAAAAGUUCCUGAGCACAGCCACGGAACACCAGCUGCUCAACCCCAAGGAAUUCUACAGCCAGUUCAACUCAGUUCUUACCCCCGAAAUAAAGGAAAAUGCAGACAAGAUUGUUCAGAAGCUGGAAGAUGUGCAAGAAAUGUUCGAGAGGAGACAAGUGAGCCUGAAGAAGCUGGCAGCAAAACAGACACGGCCUGUGCAACCCGUGGCCCCCCAUCCAGAGUCCUCCCCGAAGCGAGCCUCCCCCAAGACCAAUCGGCCCACCAACCUGGCUCCCAGUAGGAGGAUUUCUGAAGUUCCUUGUCCUCCCAAGACAGUCAAUGAAGCAGAGUUGUUGAAAAAGAAAAGCAUCAAGAAACCCAAAGGUGGGAUUAAGAUCGAAGUGAUGCAUGAAGCCAGUCAAGGAGGGUCCAGCAGAAUAUUGGUGAUGAGUGAAAGUGAAGAGAAUCUCUCCACCAGGAGAAGCCACAUCAUGCAUGAGCUGAUUGAGACAGAACGAGUUUAUGUUGAGGAACUUCAAAGUAUAAUUGAGGGUUAUGCAGCAGAAAUGGACAAUCCAGACUUAAAUCACCUGAUCCCAGUUGCUCUUCAGAACAAAAAGGAAAUUCUCUUUGGAAAUCUCCCUGAAAUCCAUGAGUUCCACAACAGGAUUUUUCUUAAAGAACUGGAAAACUGCGUCGAAAAUCCUGAAUUCCUUGGCCGGUGUUUUCUAAAAAGGAAAGAGGAUCUUCAGGUCUAUGAAAAAUACUGUCAAAAUAAGCCGCGGUCUGAAACUCUGUGGAGACAGUGUGGGGACAGCAUCUUCUUUCAGGAAUGUCAGCGCAAGUUGGACCACAAACUCUCCCUGGAUGCUUACCUCUUAAAACCAGUCCAGAGAAUCACCAAGUACCAGCUGCUGUUAAAGGAGAUGCUAAAGUGUAGCAAGAAUUCAGAAGACACUGCAGAGCUGGAAGAGGCCCUGGCCACCGUCCUGGACAUCAUCAAGUCGGUUAAUGACUCCAUGCAUCAGAUUGCCAUUACUGGCUACGAGGGAGACCUCCACGAGCUGGGCAAGCUGCUGAUGCAGGGCUCCUUCAGCGUCUGGACCGACCACAAGAAGGGACACAACAAGGUCAAAGACCUGGCCAGAUUCAAGCCCAUGCAACGGCACCUCUUCCUCUACGCCAAGAUCCUGCUCUUCUGCAAGAAGCGUGAGGACACUGCCGACGGCCACGAGAAGUCUCCGUCCUACAGCUUUAAACAUUCUCUCAAGAUGAGCAUGGUCGGCAUCACAGAAAAUGUGAAAGGAGACAACAAGAAGUUUGAAAUUUGGUAUAAUGGUCGGGAAGAAGUGUACAUCAUCCAGGCAUCUUCAGUAGAACUGAAAAACCUUUGGGUUUCUGAGAUCCGGAAAGUCUUGACGGGACAACUGGAAGCUUGCAGAGAAGCAAGUCAGCUACACCAAAGAAUCACAGAAAGCGUCUAUCAUGCACCGAUGGACACAUCCAGCUCCUCCAGGUAUAACCGAAAAUCAGCAAGUAUGUAUGAAAACAAGCCCGAGUCAUCGGAGUUAGAAACUUCCAGCAGCAAAAACCAAAAUCCCAGUCCCAACAGCACCAGGCAAAAGCCAGCUGAUGCUUCUGCCAACCUUCCCCUUGAGCGCUCAGCUCUUGCUAGAAAGCGAUUCACAUUGCAGGGGCUUUCCAACCGCCGAGCUCCACCCAAAGGUAAAACAAAAACCGAACAAACCAGUCACCGCAUCUCAUCAGCUGCCACCUUGUACCCCCGGCUCCCCCUCCAUUCUUCCUUGGCUCCAUCCUUUCCCUACCUCCCAUCCCUUGAAAAGUGCAGUGUUUGGUAUGGCUAAUCUGAACAUUCAUCCAUGCUACAUUUCCACUCUGGCAAUGCGGACAGGGUCCACUGGAGAAUCAAGAGAUCUGGACUGAAAUUCUGAUAGUUUACGUUUCACAGCCUCAGUUUCCCCAGUUGAAAAUGGGGGUGAUCAUGUUUACAUUGCCUUCCUCAAGGGUUAUUGUGAGGAAAACACUGUAAAUUACUGAAAGAUUUGUAAACCAAAGAUCAUAUUUACGGUGCCUUAGUCACAGGGUUAUUGUGCGGAAAACACUUUGUAAAUCUGAAAGAUUCGUAAAUCAAAGUCACGUGCUAUACUUGUGGAUAUGAUGAAGGGAGGUGGGCUAGAUGAUGGAUUGAGAAAUAAAAAUCUUUUCAAACUUAAGAUGCCACAAAAUUGGGAAAUAUUGCUAACUCACGUCUAGUAGAAUCAUGGUCCCAGAGCACUGGGCUGAGAAAGUAAGAGAAAAUCCAGUAGAGCUAAAUGUAAAGUCUGGCACUUGGGUGCAAACCAUCAAUUUCACAAGUAUAAGAUGGCAGAGACUUGAUGGGUAGCUGUUAUUCGAAAAGAAAAAAAAAAAUCAAGGUACUAUAUGCUACAAGCUCAGGAGGAGUAGAGAUGGCUAGUUGGUGAAAUGGAUACAGCUCCAGGUCUGAAUCAGGAGGAUCUGAGUUCAAAUCCGACCUCAGACAUUUACUAACUGUGUGUCUCUGGGAUAACCACUUAACCUACUCAGUUUGCUUAUUUUUAAAAUGGGCUAAAGAAGAAAACCAAUCUAGUGCCUUAGCCAAUAACACCCCAAAUGGGAUCACGAAGAUUCAGACAUGUCUGACUGAACAACAGCAACAACAAUAUGAGUGAGCAGUGUAUGACGGCAUCCAAAAAUUAUUAAUGCGAUUUUGGUGUUCAUCUUUUCAUCUGGAGUUUUUGGAUCAGUCUAGACCAGGAGUGCCAAACUCCAAAACAAAUGAAUUCCUGCAACUUAUUUGAAGUCCGCAAACUAACAUAAUCUAUGUUUUAUUGUAUUUUUAUUUUAUUGAAUAAUUCCCAAUACAUUUUAAUCUGGUUCAGGAACACUGGCGAGUUUGGGACUCAGCUUGACUCCUCUAAUCUAGGUCAUCACUGUUUUAGAAGGUCAUUAAUAAUCUGGAGCAUCAACAGCAGAGAAACUAGUAUGGUAGAGUCCCUGACACUGAAGGAUGUUGAAGAAGAAGAAAAAGAAAGGAAGGAAGGAAGGAAGAAAGGAAGGAAGGAAGGAAGGAAGAAGGAAGGAA